AUGAAACACAUAGGUCUAGAUGAAGAAGGUAUACCAUGUUUGACUGAUGAUACGAACGUCAAAACUGAAGAAAAAAAAUCAGGAGAAACAAAAAACGAUGAAGCGAUAAAAGUUAAAGGUUCUUUUGUUCAGAAUACUUCUAUCCCUGACGAAGUUUCGCAAUUUUAUAAGUUCACUAAGAAAUUUGAGAGAUUUCUUAAUAGUCCUUAUAAGAAACUUGCAACUGUGAUUAUCAACAGUGAUGAAGAUGAAGACAAAGUUGAAGCCGAACAAGAAAAAAGGUGGGAAGAUGAAAGAAGAUUAAAAUCUAGUUCGGAUCCCUAUGGGUCUUUACCAGAAUAUAAACUGAAAGCUGAUAUAUCAAACUUUCAUGGUGGAUUACAAAUAGAAGAAUUGUUAGAUUGGUUUUACGAAGUAGAGUCGUUUUUCAACUUCAUGGAUGUACCUGAUUCUUCUAAAGUGAAAUUAGUUGCGUAUAAACUAAAAGGUGGAGCUGCAGCUUGGUGGGAUAAACUUUGUGAUGAUCGAAAUAAAUAUCUAAAACCUCCUAUCCGUACGUGGAAAAGAAUGAGAGACUUGUUAAGAGAUAGAUUUUAG